AUGUCCUCCACCACCACCACCUCCGGUUCCAUGCCCUCCUCCACCACCACCUCCACUUACCCUCCUAAAGCUGCACCACCAAAACCUUCCCACCCGCCACAUGGUCCAGCUUACCCUCCUAAAUCGUCACCACCAAAACCCUCCCACCCACCACAUGGUCCAGCUUACCCGCCGAAGGGUCCAAAGCCACCAACACCAAGCGGACCAGCUAGUCCACCCAAAGGGUCGAAACCACCAACCCCUGGUGGACCGGCUAGUCCACCAAAAGGACCAAAACCACCAACUCCCGGUGGACCGGCUAGUCCACCCAAAGGAUCGAAACCACCGACCCCUGGCGGACCAGCUAGUCCACCAAAAGGUCCGAAACCACCGACGCCAGGUGGUCCGGCGUAUCCACCAAAACCAGCAACACCUGGUGGACCUGGAAAACCACCAAAGCCAAGUACUCCGGGAAGCUGGCCUCCUGAAGGACAACCUCCUCUACCUUCAUAUCCACCCGUCCCACCUCCACAGCCUUUCAAUGCUGUUCCCCCGUCUGGCAACAUCCUAACACCACCAACACCGCCAGGCGGUGGUGGAGGCAAAGACCACACUGUCGUCAUUGCAGUGUGUGCAUCGCUAGGUGGUGUGUUUUUCCUAGCAUUCUUGGCAGCUGGACUAUUCUGUUUGGCGAAGAGAAAGAAGAAGCCAAUCUUGGUUCCAGCAGCUGCUCCAUAUGGUCAUGGCGGCGGAGAGGGACAUGGUCAUGGUCACGAAGGAGGAGCCGGCGGCGGCGGAGGUGGUGGUGAACACUCAAGCUACGGGCAGCACUAG